UACUACUGACUGUACUACCGACUGUACUACGACUGUACUACAACUGUACUAUGUACCACUGACUGUACUACGACUGUACUACUGACUGUACUACAACUGCACUACUGACUGUACUACCGACUGUACUACUGACUGUACUACGGUUGUACUACGGCUGUACUACUGGCUGUACUACGACUGUACUACUGACUGUACUACGACUGUCCUACUGACUGUACUACAACUGUACUUACGACUGUACUACGACUGUACUAUGACUGUACUACAACUGUACUUCCGACUGUACUACUACUGUACUACAGUUGUACUACCAACUGUACUACGACUGUACUACUGACUGUACUACAAGUGUACUAUGACUCUACUACAAGUGUAUUACGACUGUACUACAAGUGUACUAUGACUGUACUAUAAGUGUACUUUGACUGUACUACCGACUGUACUACCACUGUACUAUGACUGUACUACAAGUGUACUACUACUGUACUACAAGUGUACUACGACUGUACUACCGACUGUACUACCACUGUACUACUGACUGUACAACUGUAUUACAACUGUACUAUGACUACUACCACUGUACUACCACUGUACUACCGACUGUACUACUGACUGUACUACUGACUGUACAACAACUGUAUUACAACUGUACUACAACUGUACUAUGACUGUACUAUGACUGUACUGCAAAUGUACUACAACUGUACUAUGACUGUACUACGACUGUACUAUGACUGUACAAUUGUAUUACAACUGUACUACAACUGUACUACCGACUGUACUACAACUGUACUGUGACUGUACUGCGACUGUACUACAGCUACAAUUGUACAACUGCACCAGGUACUGCAUCUGUACUACCGGCUGGUCUCCACCAGCUCCUCUACUUCUUUAGCUACGUUAGCCGUUUUUAUUCGAUGUUUUCAUACGUAUUUAGAGGUUUCAUGUUAGAAAAAGUAGAUUAAAUGACCCUCAAAAGUGUAAAUUCCUAAUUUCCGGAAAAAGUUUCCUGCAUCUUUUUAAGUAAUUUUUGAGUUUCUCAGAAAAAGAGUCACGUUUGGUUCCUUGGGAUGAGUUUAACUCCAACAUUUUCUCUCUUCUAGCUAGUUUUUGGUCUCCACCAACUCCUGAGGAAAUGCUGCUAAAUUCUGCACUUUCUGUGUUUCUAUGACGUGUUUUUAUGCUUUUUAUCGAGUGUUUUUUUAAAGUUUGGUUUGUUUCUCCUUGUUGUUUGAGAUUUUUAUUUGUAGUUCCAGAUGUUUUCAGUUGUCUCAGGCUUGUAGAAUUACCAGCUGUGUUCUUGUAACAAAUACUUGUUUGCAUUUCAUUAGAAAAAGUUGAUGGAAGCCGUGAAAUUUAGAAACAGAGCUCCACGUUUCUGACCUGAGGAGCUCGGGGUGGAUGGAGGGCGUCAACAGAAACUCUGUGGUUCAGGAAAGAUGGAAACCUGUCGCGUCUCUUCGGCUUUUCUGCUUUUACAACCUCUACAAACUGAACCAGGAGGGAGGAAGUUUUAUUUUCUACACAAUCUGAUUAAAGUAGACGUUAAGAAUUCUGUGGUUUUGAUGAAAUAUCAGAAUUUUAAUCUUAGUUUUGGUUCAUUUUCCCAUCAGAACUCAGACAUAAUACAUUGGAGGACUGUUGUAAAGCUGAAAAUGCAGUGAGUCUUUGUGUUUUACAGUUUCUAGCUGAUAAACGGUGAACUAGAAAAGGAAAGUAACAUGUUUUUUGGUGAUUUUUGGGCUUCAGAGGAUUAAAAAAUGUUUUUAAAAAAUUGAAAAAUGAAAUAAUAUCCAGUUUAUUGUGUUUUAUUUCUACAUAUUUCAACUGUAUGGCUCUUUGCCUUAAAUGUUCUUCAUAACAAUAUUCAAAUAUAUAACAGUAAUAAAAGCUUUGAUAUUUGGUCCUGAGAGGGUUCAGGUCUCAUUUUAUCUGAUUUCACUGAGCAGAGAUGAAACUUCAUAUUUCAGAAGUCAGAUUUUGUGGGCGGAGUCUAACCCUUCCUCUUCCUGUUGAUGUCAGAGCAGCAGCAGCCAAUCAGCAGCUCCUCUUCCUCCUUUAAAUACCUGACAUGUUUGAUGCUUUCAUCAGAGCAGCUCUCCUCUCCCCUCAGAAACACAGCGAUGAUGUCACACUAUUGGCCGGCAGCUGAUUGGUCCUUGGCCGUGACGACCGCCGGAUCUGAAGCGAGCGUCAGCGUUGAGUUUGGCCGCGCCUCCUCAGAGACUCUCCUCCAAUCACCUUUCCCGUCCCACGAGACCCCGCCCCUCCUCGGCCCCUCCCUCUGGUUGGACAACCCCAGCUGCCAAUCAGCAGCUCCAUGGACUGGUUACUAUGGCGACCACUACGCUGUCCCCUCCCCCUCUGCAGCUGAUUGGAUGCUACCUGGCGGUCUGUGCUGGGGGCGGGGCUUUGGACCAGAGCAGCGUCAGUGUGUGAGCUGUGGCAGCUACAGCGCCCCCCUGUGGAGGAGAGACGCUGCAGGACAACACCUGUGUAACACCUGCAGCCUCCAACAGACAAACAACAGGAACAACAACGCACCACUGCUGAGACCAAAGAGGAGAACUACGGUGAAUCAGAAAAAAGGAACUGAGUGUUUCAACUGUCAAACUAAAAUCACAACUCUGUGGAGAAGAAACUCAGCAGGAGAAUCUGUCUGUAACGCCUGUGGACUGUACUACAAACUACACCAGGUGAACCGGCCUUUAGCGCUGAAGAGAGACGGAAUCCAAACCAGGAAGCGAAAACUGACCAAUAAGAAGACACGCCAGAGGAAGGCCAACCAGUCAGAGGCCAAGCUGUCCAGCCUGGCCCCUCCCACUGAUGAGGUCACGACUGGCUCCUCCUCCUCACCCUCCCUUCAGCUCGGCCCACUCUGGUGACCUGACUGGUUUUACUGGGAGUUCUGGAACUAUUUGUUGUGUGGAAGGAUACAGUGGUGUUCAGGAAGUAGUUCCAGACAGCUUCUGGUGUCUACCAGGGUUUAAUAAAAACACGUUCACAGAC